CACUUGCCUCACACUUCAUGAUCCCUUUAUAAAUGCCUUGAAAUGAUUCUUCCCUUUCUUCUACCUAUGGUUGCUUGAUUCCUCUAAAGCCACUCCAUUGUUUUCUCUCCAAAACUCUUGAUUUCUGUCACAACAAAAGACUUACAAGUCUCACAGUGAUCAAGUCUUCAGAAAGAAUGAAAAAAUGGAAUCUGAAAGGCAGAAGCUUCAAAUGCAUCUUCUCAUCUCCCUUCAAGAUGAAAUAUGCAGAGAGGAAUAGCUCUUUUGUUGAUGGAGAAAGCAAUUCUGGCCAAACAGAGCCAGCGUUCAAGCCAGUUCAAAAGCCUAAUUGGAGAUUCUUUUCUUACGAGGAGAUCCACAAAGCAACCAAUGGCUUUCAUCAAGAUAAUUUGGUUGGAAGUGGAGGGUAUGCAGAAGUUUACAAAGGAGAGCUUGAGAGUGGCCAAGUUGUUGCUGUAAAGAGAUUAACGAGAGCUUCAACUGAUGAGCAGAAGGAGAAAGAAUUCUUGACAGAGCUUGGUGUUAUUGGCCAUGUCAAUCAUCCUAAUGUGAUUCCUCUCUUUGGUUUCAGCACAGAUCAAAAUCUUCAUCUCAUAUUUGAUUUCUCUUCUCAGGGUUCAGUUUCAUCUAAUCUCCAUGGUGAAAAUUCAGAACUAAUGGGAUGGAAACUCCGGCGAAAGAUCGCCGUCGGAACAGCUCGAGGACUCCAUUAUCUGCAGAAGGAUUGCCAGAGAAGAAUCAUUCAUAGAGAUAUCAAAACAUCAAAUGUUUUGCUGUCAGCCAAUUUUGAGCCUCUGAUUUCAGACUUUGGGCUUGCAAGAUGGCUUCCAUCAGAGUGGAGCCACCGAGCCGUAGCGCCGAUCGAAGGCACAUUUGGAUGUUUGGCUCCUGAGUACUUCACACAUGGGAUUGUUGAUGAAAAGACUGAUGUCUUUGCAUUUGGUGUUUUUCUACUGGAAAUCAUCUCAGGAAGAAAGCCAGUGGAUGGAUCACACAAGAGUUUGCUUAGCUGGGCUAAACCAUACUUAAAGGAAGGAAAAAUAGAAAUGUUAGUAGAUCCAAGAUUAGGAGAAGAUUAUGACAUUGAUCAGCUGAAGAGACUUACUUUUACAGCUUCACUCUGUAUCAGAUUAGAUGCAACAUUGCGCCCUUCCAUGAAAGAGGUACUUGAACUCAUCGAAAAAGCUAAGAUAUCGACAGAGCAAUGGAGGAUGACUGAGGAGGAAGAGGAUGAUGAGUUUUGGGCUUUGGAUGAUCUCGAAGAUGAUUGUGACACAACGAUAUCUUUUUCAUCAUCAUCAUUAAUAUCAUCAAUAAGUAGCUCCUAACCUAACUAUAUUAUUAGACCAAUCUCUAUCAUAUAAAGGUUUUUUGUAUGUUUAUGAGAAAAUGAAUGGUAUUCACAAGGAAAGAUAGAUGAGGAAUCUAA